UUGCUGUUGGCUGGAUCCGCUUCUCAACCUGUUUGUUAAUCGCGCUGUGUGGCUUAUUAACGCCCCGAGUUUAUAAUAAGCCGGGCUGAUUUCUCAGGGGGAGAUUUGACUUGCCGUCGCCGGGAGGCGGUAGGUCUAUUUUUGAGGACAGAUUAAGCAACACGGUGAGCAUGUCCUGAGCUCGGAAUCAAACUGAGUGGCUUUUCAAAUGUAGCUUGUUAGCUAGCUGCAUCGCGUACAGUGUACACACUGCCUUUUUUGUUCUGCUCAUGGACAGCCUCUGCAUGACAAAUUAUUACCAGUGUUGAGUGCAGGCAGGGCACGAAGACAGCGAUCGUUUUGUUUGAAAACGUGUCAAGAACUGAUCUUCGGUUGUCAGCCACCCACCCCCAGCCCCGGGCUAACCCCCGGUCACCGACCGAAUUAAUGGCCGGAAAUCCGAGAAGGGGCGCCGGUCUCAUCGGCUUGAUGAAGGACGCCUUUCAGCCUCACCAGCAAGCUCUCCAGCCUCACCAGCCCGCAGUGGUCGACAAGAAAAUGGUGGAAAAAUGCUGGAAACUCAUGGAUAAGGUGGUACGUCUGUGCCAGAACCCCAAGGUGGCGUUGAAGAACAGCCCGCCCUACAUCCUGGACCUUUUGCCGGAUACCUACCAGCAUUUACGCACCAUUCUGUCCAGGUAUGAGGGCAAAAUAGAGAUCCUCGGCGAGAAUGAGUAUUUCCGCGUGGUCAUCGACAACUUGACGAACAAGACGAAGCAGACCAUGAGCCUUUUUAAGGAGGCCAAGGAGAGGAUGUACGAGGAGAACUCCCAGCCCAGGCGAAACCUUACCAAGCUGUCUCUGAUCUUCAGUCACAUGCUAGCGGAGUUAAAAGCCAUCUUCCCCAAUGGCCUAUUUCAGGGUGACAACUUCAGGAUUACCAAAGCUGAUGCUGCUGAAUUCUGGAGAAGGUCAUUCGGGGACAAGACUAUAGUGCCAUGGAGGACAUUUCGGCAGGCUCUUCAUGAGUUUCACCCUAUUAGCUCAGGUCUGGAGGCCAUGGCGCUCAAAUCCACUAUCGACCUCACCUGUAACGAUUACAUCUCUGUCUUCGAGUUUGACAUCUUUACAAGGCUCUUUCAGCCAUGGUCAUCUCUUCUAAGGAACUGGAACAGCCUGGCUGUUACACACCCUGGUUAUAUGGCCUUCUUAACCUACGAUGAGGUGAAGGCUCGACUGCACAGGUUCAUCCACAAACCUGGCAGCUAUAUCUUCAGGCUGAGCUGCACUCGGCUGGGCCAGUGGGCAAUUGGCUAUGUGACAGCUGAUGGGAACAUCCUGCAGACCAUCCCGCAUAACAAACCACUCUUCCAAGCACUCAUUGAUGGAUACAGAGAGGGAUUCUAUCUUUUCCCAGAUGGCCGUGCACAGAACCCGGACCUGACAGGGUUGUGUGAACCGUCUCCACAGGAUCACAUCAAAGUUACUCAGGAGCAGUACGAACUCUACUGCGAGAUGGGCUCUACUUUCCAGCUUUGUAAGAUCUGUGCAGAGAACGACAAGGAUGUGAAGAUCGAGCCGUGCAGACACCUGAUGUGCACCUCGUGUCUGACCGCCUGGCAGGAAUCGGAGGGUCAGGGCUGCCCGUUUUGCCGAUGUGAGAUUAAAGGCACGGAGCCUAUUGUAGUGGACCCCUUUCACCCGAAGGCCAGUGGGGCUUCCUUUGCUGGUUUCCAGGGGUCGAGCAGAGCAGAAGCCGCAGGCAACGAAGAGGAAGAGGAUGAUCGGCUGGAAGACCAGCAACUUGUCAUGAGCAGGCUGGCCUGCACCAAAGUGGAGCGCCCUCCAUCUCCAGUGUCUCAGCUGCCUCCGGUGCCUCCGCGACUGGACCUCUUACAGCAGAGGUCCUCUGCCUCCCUUAGUGCACUGAGUCAGGGAGCCACAGCCAAAAUGGUAGCCACUCACAGGGACAAGCCUCUACCUCUGCCUCCAGCACUGAGAGAGCUGCCCCCUCCUCCCCCACCGGAGCGCCCCUCCCUGGUCGGCCAGGAAUCCAGACUCCAAAGGAGACCCCUCCCCUCCACCCCGGACCAGCCAGCCUGGGCAGCCAACUACAUGGUGCCACGCCCUGCAACGAAGGCCCCGUCGUCCAUCCCUCAGAGCAACGGAGCCGGCGCAGAGGGGAGCAAACCGCAGACGGCGAUCAAUGCUGUGUACUGCCUGGCUGCACUAAGGUCGUUGCCAGGGUCAGCGGUGUCCAGCGGGGAGAAGCUGUCGUCAGACGGUGAAGAUAAUGAGUACAUGAGUCCCACAUCCCUUCCAGCUUCCGGUGCCCCGUGGGUAAUAACAGGCUCCUUGGUGCCCCCACCACCAACCCAGGGAAACAACCACAAUGACAUCAGUGAGGUGGGGGACAGUGACUCUGAGGACCCCCAGGUUUACGAAUCCAUGUGUAACAUCCAGGCCCAGGCCGGCUCGUCGGAGACGACACAGAACUCUGAGCUGGACCUUCCUCAGCAUUCAGCUGUUCCGCCGGACAAAAAGGAGGAGGCCAGUGUGGAGGAUGUUUACGAGUAUGACUUUCCCAGACCAGUGGUCCCUCCUGCCCCCGCCAGAAGAGCCCUGUCAGAUAUCGGCGGCCCUUCUUCAGCCUUCAGUAAUCUCAACAUAGACUCUGCAGUAGAUCCCAGUAUGUUUGUAGCAGGCGACGACCCCGAACGUCCCCUAAAACCUCUCCCGCAGCGAGCUAACUCUGACCGACGGCCUCGUCCGUUAAACCGCAAGCCACCUCCGCCGCCGCCAGACCUCCCUGGCCCCUCCUCAUCUGCCUCCCCUGUUCCACCUCCGACUAUUCCUCCUUCAGGUCCUGGAAGCUUGGCCCUAAACGGGGAGAUUGAAUGCCUCAUAUCCCAAGGCUACUCCAUCCAGGACAUCCAGAAGGCCCUGAUGAUCGCUCAGAACAACCUCGAGACGGCCAAGAACAUCCUGCGCGAGUUUGUCUCCAUCCCUUCCACAGCGCACAUCGCCACAUAGUCACUUUGCGCAGGCUCAUCCUCUGUCUCGUCUCUCUCCACUCUGUGCCAUUAUCAUUUACCAAGCACUUUCCUGCAGGGCCACAAGUACUUUCAGAAGGCUUUACUCUGAGGGAUGAUGCUGCGUCCAUGUUAUAUCUCAUCCAAAGUCAUUUGUAGUGGGAAAACAGCAACGUGGGGUGGGGUGGGGGGACUAUUGUUAAAGACAAUGUCAAGCGGCUGAAAUUACAGUCUCAGAAUCUCUUUUACUUGUAAUAUUCAUUUGGAGAUUGAGGGUUUUGGCCUUAAAGGUGAGAGGUCAACUGUAAGUCCGAUAUGACUCGGAGCCUUUAAAAUGGGCUUGCUGUGACCCUGCUGUGAUUCGCUGAGUUAGUUAAAUGCUGCGGCAGUGUCUCCCCUCAGUCUGCGUGCACGCUCUCAUUAAGCUAAGUGUUAAAGCCGUGCAGACUUUGUUCAGCGAAGGUACCCCGCACAUAGUCGUGUCCGACUGGGCGUCCCACUGCCUGCAGCCGCUCGGUCUGGUGCUUUUACUGGCUUCUUUGCAAAUCGUGGCGUACGAAUAUGUAGCGAUACGGUCUGAAACUGGUGAUUAACUGUGUGGCAGUCGUGCUCGUGCUGAUGAAUGUGAACGUGUAGUCGCGGUGCAGUAUUGCAGGGCUUCGAUGUCGUACGCGUCGCUGUGGCUCGCUCCGUUUUCGAUGGUAUCUGACAAGGUGAACACAAUUCAGUUGCCGUCUGUCAGCUCCAGGUUCGGUGAUAGUUCUAUGAUGAAAUAACAAAUUUAAUGUUUAAGUACUCUCAUAAUGUGUUGUGGUGUGCGUAGUACUAACAAUGGCUGAGUUUGAGUUCUUUUUAAUUCCAUCGUUUCCUGCCACCGCUAGAGGUGGCCCGACACUGAAGGCUGGUUUAUUUAGUCGCAAAGCUUCUCUCUACGCUCGUAGUUUCUUAGUUAUUAACCGAAAGAAGCUCUUAGAACAGCUUCACUCAGUUCACUGGGAAAUCACAUCAAACUCUAAAGCCUAAAGCAAAAAACAAAAAACUGAAAGUGGGGUGAAGUCACGUGGACUCAGGUACUCAGUAAUAAGCCAGGUUAUAUGUAACGAGCAGAUGCUAAAGGACACGCUUCCUCCAUCCUCACAGACAUUCCAUAGAGUGGAUUUUCUUUAUAUUUUUAGGUUUCCUGCAGCAUAUUUACAUACAGCUACCAUAGUUAAGAUAUUAAAAUCUGUUUUCUGAUUCUUCGAUGAGCUCGUUUACGUCCUCUAACUUUAAAUUCUGGAUAUGACUCGAAUGUAGCUGCGGUAAUUCCAUCUGUCCACAGUCCUGUAUGACCAUUUUGUGGAUUUCAGUCACUCUGCAGUUCAUAAAACUCUUCAUGGGAGGAAUGUUGGGGAAAGGCAACAAAAAUCUCAGGAUUGUAUUAAUCCGUCAAAGCAAUUUACAACACAUUACAGCUGUCACAAAUGCCAACAAAUUUCUAAAACAUGUUUUAGAAAUUUGUAAAAACUUUUUAAAACAAAAUUGUAUUAUUAGUUAUAAUGUUAAUAAUGAACAGAAUUCAUGUUUUUCAGGCAUAGCAGUGAGCCAGUAAAAACUUUCUGUGCAAGAAUGCAAGAAAAUAAGUAUGUGGCAUCUUAAUUUAAAAAAAAAAAAAUUGUAUUUAAACCAAAUUAAUGGACAACAAAAAUAAUUAUAUUCAAGCAUUAAAAAUAAAAUUUCAAUCAAAUAGCUUGUUUAUACUGGUGGAUUAACUGGUAUGGAGAUGAUUUCGGUAAAUACUAACAUUGUUCAUUUAGAGCAGCUGGGGCACAAACCUUACAUUGGAUGGUGGUCUGAUAAACGUGUUGUAUAGCCAGCUUCUAGAUGCGCAAGUGGUAACACUAAACACGCUCCUGAUCACUAGUUUCAAACUUAGAAAGCCAAUUUUUGGGGGGCUGAUUUGAGCUAUUUGCAGAUAUAUUUCACUCUUGGUACUAUAUAACUGCUACUAAAUGGAAAUUAAAAAGAAAAGACUAGAUGAGCGAAACAUCCUUCAAAGAUUUAUCCGUGAUGUUUCGUAGUUUUCCACCAGAGGGCACUCUGUAACUUCCCUGUUGGCAACAGGAAUGUUCUGAGCAGAGUGAGAGAGUAAACGAGUGAUCCAUGACAUGUAUUGUCUGUAUUUGUGUGUGUAUAGACUAUGCAUAACAAAUUUGUUUAUUUCGGCUGCUGAAAGAAAAACAAACUGUUGAUAUCAGAUUUUUAAAUCACUAAAUAUCAGUUUUGUUUUAUCCUAUAUGGGUCGGGAAUAAAUGCCCAGAAUAAAUUGGCUUGAAAUUGUCACAAAACCUUUGAACAGGGACUCGUAGACUCUGACUUCUAUUUUAACUUUGGUACAAAAAACAAAGAAAUCAACAAUCUGCUCCAAUUUUACUAACACGUUAACUUCUUCGCGUAAAAUUUCAAGCAUGCGUGCUCUUCAUCACACCAAAACUCUGGUACCACCACUAAGGAUGAACUUAGAUUGUAAUACUUGUAGUGUUGCAAUCCAUUACAAAUACUAGCUUUCCUGUAAAAUGUCUGAGUUGACGAUACGGGACUUUCUCCAAAUUCCUGCUGUGACCAUGUGCAGCUUCGCUGAUUCAUGUACGCUACUGUGUAGUUUUACUCCCCCUUUCUCCUCUUUAAAAGCUGCUAAGAAGUAAACAUCUGGUGAGAUCAACACUCUUCCCAUACAUACUUUUAUGAACUGCUGCUUUUCAGUGCACAGAGACCUUAGGUCCUUAACGCGCCAAUAAAAUAUCCAAAUUGACACGUAAAAAGCCCUUUAAAGGUUUGGAUUUCUCUCAGGUUAUAUUUUCUUGUCAAUGGACCAAAAAAUUCAGCAGCUGCCACUUCCAGGCAUCACCACACCUAUAGCGUCUGAGAUGAGCCCAUCGGUGGUAUUCAGCGUCAUACCUGCAUGAAGGCUGUUGGUUUGUCUACUUAAGAAACUAAAGAAAGAUUCAGAUUAAAGACAUUAAAGGAGAACAGUGAUCUGAUCUGAAUCCAAACACAACACAAAAAGAGUUGCAACAUCUGGAACAUUUAUGUUUUUCUGCAUGAAUAUUAUUUAAACCAUAGGCUGAUUUUUGUUGUUGUUCUUACAAGUCCUAAAGGUAGAUGACAAGAACCCAGUUUAAUCAAAUGAGCCUGACAGUGAAAGGAAGCUCACUGUCAGCUGGUCACCUUUUCAUUCCUCCGCAGCGACAUGUACAGUAAACGUGCCUUCUGUCCAUCACAACUUGCACAUGCCAGCAGGCAAGCCAAAAUAACCCCUCCACAUUCACCAUUUAAAUGUGUUGGAAACUACUGCAGAUUGUUUUCAGGUCAAGCGCUCUCUUGAUUUCACCAUGGUAACACUAUAUCAGAACUACAGUUUAUGCAAAUUUACCUUUUUAGAUUAAAAAAAUUUAACUGACUUAAAAGUGUUUCAGAAUAGAGAGAGCUCCACUUUUUAAAGUCAAAAUAACAAACUUUAACCCUGAUUUGGGUGAAAGGGCAAAGGGUGAUUGACUUAUAUUAAACAUGAACUUUAUCUGAAAAAUGUUUCUCGUAAUUAUCAGACACUAGGAUCUCCCACCCCCAAUAAAUGUGCUGCUGGAUUUGGAGACCGUGCAAAAACCUAAUACUUCAAACGGAACUAAAUGAAAAGAAAUGUUACUAAAUUUCUAAAUCUGAUGCUAAGGGGGAGAAAAAACCCCCAGUAAAUCCUGUUAAGAACCCAGAAUACCCUGGAGUUGUCCUGCUGUUUUCUGGCUGUCUGUGAUGCCACAGAAAUGUUGCAGCUUUAAUCGCCCCAAACCAAAAGAAUCUUAAAACGUGUGCGUGCGCUGCUCCUCCUCCUCAUCUUCCUCGAGUUGCCCCAGAACAGAGACCACGAAUGUGUCUUCAGUCCCCUCAGCUUUGUUUUCACUCAGUCUUGGCGUUUUGUAUCAAGACAACCAACUAAAUGGCACUAACUCCAGGACUGUUGUAGUCCUGAUGUGUGAUGACGCACUCAAGGCUCAUUGUCCUGCUGAAUCACUGCCAGAGGCUCCUCCGUCUCACACGCUUUCUCUCAGUGUCGCCGGUAACCUCGGCCGGUGUGUUGGUUCUGAUCCGCUGAUUAACAAGGAGUGUGUGCGUGUGCUUUAUUCAUGUUAACUAGCCUUCUCAACAGGAACUUGCCUACUAAAAAAAACUGUCUUCAUUGCUUUAUUAUUGUCUAUGUAGAUAUUUUAUUUAUUGUGUUUUUAAUAUCCUCGGCAUUCAUUGUGUUACAAUGUUUUCAUGCCUAAGCCAUUAAGAUUUUUAAUUAAACUGUAUUUUCUUUAACAUUU